UAACAGAGAUUAUAGACAGCACAUUUGUCUCUUUGGUUAAUUAUGCAAAAUCUUACGUCCACAUUCGUCUCUCCUUCCAUGAUCCCGAUCACUUCUCCGCGGCUGCGACUGCCACCACCACGAUCAGUAGUUCCCAUGACUACCGUUUGCAUGGAACAAUCAUACAAGCAAAAAGUGGUUGUGAUCAUGGGAGCCACCGGAUCAGGCAAGUCAUGCCUCUCAAUCGAUCUAGCAACUCGUUUCUCUGGCGAGAUCGUCAAUUCCGACAAGAUUCAAUUCUACGAUGGAUUGAAGGUCACUACGAAUCAAAUGAGCAUCCUUGAGAGAUGUGGAGUCCCUCACCAUCUCCUUGGUGAGCUCCCUCCGGAUGAUAGCGAACUAACUACCUCCGAAUUCCGCUCUUUGGCGUCGCGGUCCAUCUCCGAGAUUACUGCUCGUGGAAACCUCCCGAUUAUAGCUGGUGGAUCAAACUCCUUCAUUCAUGCUCUCCUUGUCGACCGUUUUGACCCCAAAACCUAUCCAUUCUCUUCUGAGACAUCCAUCUCUUCCGGCUUGAGGUACGAGUGUUGCUUCCUUUGGGUGGAUGUCUCAGUGUCGGUCCUGUUCGAGUACCUCUCGAAACGUGUCGACCAGAUGAUGGAGUCAGGGAUGUUCGAGGAGCUAGCCGGUUUCUACGACCCGAGAUAUUCCGGGUCCGCAAUCCGAGCCCACGGGAUUCACAAGACCAUAGGAAUACCCGAGUUCGACCGGUACUUCAGCUUAUACCCGCCUGAGAGAAAGCAGAAGAUGUCCGAAUGGGACCAAGCAAGAAAGGGGGCGUAUGACGAAGCUGUCCAAGAGAUCAAAGAGAACACAUGGAGGCUUGCGAAGAAGCAGAUUGAGAGGAUCAUGAAGCUGAAAAGCAGCGGAUGGGACAUUCAGAGGUUGGACGCUACGCCGUCAUUUGGAAGAUCGUCAAGAGAGAUUUGGGACAAUACUGUUUUGGAUGAAAGCAUCAAGGUUGUGAAACGCUUCUUGGUGAAAGACAAAGUGUGAGUUAU